AUGACACUGAAUCUUGGGGCCCUGAGGGUGCUGCUGCCUCACAGCCCCAAUACCUCCAAAAUUCCUUCACCAAAAUCCAACCGUCUUCCUUCCAACAUCCCCCUUCGAACCCUCACAAACCGAUCCGAACACGGCGCCCAAUCGACGUCAUUGCUGGCUGGCCAUCGGGACCAGCCAUCCUACGAGAGACACUCCUCCGACUCUGCCGAUUCCGACUCUUGGACUGACACCGGUGAUCUCGCCGAGCAGUUGGCAGAUGAGGAGGAUCCCUUGCGGAAGACCCUCGCCGAUACCUCCGUAAACGAGGACCUCUUCGCCGGCGCCUUUAAACGUCAUCCUAAGCAUAAACGCGUCCAAUUUAGGAGGUCCGUCUCCGAACAUAGUCAUCAACGCUCCUCCAGAUCCUUCAACGGCACUAUCGAUAAAGAAGCUAUCGAGGUCCCCAACGUACCACCACGUCGUAUCUCUAGAGCAGAGCGUAUCAUAUUCGCCAUCAUGCCGGGUGCCGGGGUACACGGUUUCACGGGCAAAGCCCUCAUUUACUUUACGAGUAUAUUCGUUUCGUUAGGUGUUUUCUUAUUCGGAUAUGAUCAAGGAGUUAUGUCGGGUAUCAUCACGGGCCCGUACUUCCGGGAUUACUUCAAGAAUCCGUCGAAAGCAGAAGUCGGCACGAUGGUUGCUAUUCUUGAGAUUGGUGCCUUAGUCUCAUCCUUAGUAGUAGGAAGAGUUGGCGAUAUCAUCGGUCGGCGAAGGACGAUCUUGUACGGCUCGAUCAUCUUCUUCGUCGGUGGAGCUUUACAAACUUUUGCUGCCAAUAUGCCCAUGAUGAUGCUGGGUAGAAUCAUUGCGGGUCUCGGUGUUGGUUCUUUAUCCACCAUUGUUCCCGUCUACCAAUCCGAAAUUUCUCCUCCUCACAAUAGAGGUAAAUUGGCCUGUAUCGAGUUCUCGGGUAACAUUAUCGGUUACACGACGUCCGUCUGGGUCGAUUACUUCUGCGGUUUCAUUACCAGCGACUUGUCAUGGCGCAUCCCUCUACUGAUGCAGUGCGUGAUGGGUGCCCUUUUAGGUUUGGGCAGCUUAGUUAUUGUCGAAUCACCAAGAUGGCUUCUAGACAAUGACCACGACGAGGAAGGUAUUGUAGUCAUCGCUAACCUAUACGGUGGCGGAGACAUCCACAAUGCUAAAGCUAGAGACGAAUAUCGCGAAAUCAAGAUGAAUGUCCUACUCCAACGAAUGGAAGGCGAACGAACCUAUACCGAGAUGUUCCGUCGCUACAAGACUCGAGUCUUCAUUGCUAUGUCAGCACAAGCUCUCGCCCAACUCAAUGGAAUUAACGUCAUCUCAUACUACGCUCCGUACGUUUUCGAGUCCGCUGGUUGGGUUGGCCAUGAGGCAGUCAAAAUGACCGGCAUCAACGGUAUAACAUAUCUGCUUUCAACCAUCCCACCGUGGUACGUCGUCGACAGAUGGGGUCGCCGAGUCAUCCUCCUUACCGGUGCCAUUGCGAUGGCAAUAUCUUUAUCCUUAGUAUCAUACUUCAUCUACCUAGACAUCAAGUCUACACCAACAUUGGUAGUCGUCUUUGUCAUGAUAUAUAAUGCCGCGUUCGGUUAUUCGUGGGGACCAAUCCCAUGGCUUUACCCACCCGAGAUUCUGCCUCUCAGCAUUCGAUCGAAAGGAGCAAGUUUAUCAACUGCUUCCAAUUGGGCAUUUAACUGGCUUGUCGGCGAGAUGACUCCUAUCUUACAAGAAUGGAUCAAGUGGCGGCUGUAUUUAGUACAUGCAUUCUUCUGUGUAGUCAGUUUCGUCGUUGUUUAUUUCAUAUAUCCCGAGACCUGUGGUGUACGAUUAGAAGACAUGGACUCGCUUUUUGGAGAUGCUAGCACUGCGGUGGGCACUCCUGGCGUGAGAUCUGAGACCGGUUCUCUGGUCCGAGCCGGAUCACCGGUGCCGUCACUUGACCUUCGAGGACGACCCCUUGGCUCGGAUGCUAAUAUUCCUCCGAUGGAUAUCGAUCCUCCUACUUUGAAUAUUGUAGAUGGAAAGCCACAGUUACGGUCCGAAAGCCAGAGUUCAAGAGGACGGGUAGGUGAAUGGCUCACGAGGAUGGUUGGACAGAACCGAGGCACAAGCAGUAGCCCGGCUAGUGGAACCAGAUAUGCGCCAUUAGACCAGCGAGAUGACUGA